GGGAACGUUUCGUUCGUGGAUGAGCGGGGAAGGAUUUAAUGACCGGACUCGGUUUGUUGCUUCCAUCCUUCAGGAACUGAGACUCCUCUGCAGGUGGAGGGAUGAGUCUCUCCCCUGUGGUCGGCGCUGAGGUGCCGGAGGCGGCUAACGGGGUGGCGCCCCCCGUCCCCAUGGAGAACGGGCCCCACGCUCCCGUCUCCGUGAAGCGUGGGGGGACCCGGUUACCCGGCGCCGGGGACGAGAACCACGUCUACGACUCCAGAGGACGCCCGGACACGGAGGACGAGGACCUGAACCAGAGGACGUCCGGUUUAUCGUUACACAGCCCGGGACCAGGACCGGGACCGGGACCAGGACCAGGACCGGGACCCAGAGACUUCCCCGAGGCCUCCCGGGUCCUGGACCAGCCCGACGCGGUUCUGCUGUGGGACUCAGCGCCGCGUGGACACGACAAAGACUCGGACGGACGCCAGGACGGAGAGAAGGAGAAACAGGACGAGGAGGAGGACGAGAAGAAUGAAAUGAAGUGGAGGAGUCAGCGCGGAGGAAGGAGGAGCCACGGGCGCUCGCAGCACUACUCCUCCUCAGCCCCGGGUCCCAGCACCUCCUCCUCCUCCCCUCCACCUCCUCUCCUUCCCUCGGACGACGCCCCCUGUCCUCCUCACAUCAUGGCCCAGGUCUGGGUCCGAAACGUCCGCGGGAUGCAGGACAGCAAGAGCCUGGACGAGAUCAGCCAGGCCUGCGGAGGGGUCCGGGGAGGGGGCAGGAGUGGCCAGUCUGAGGGCAGGAGAGCCACCAUCUCCUCGGCCCUGGAGCUGGAAGGAACCGUGAGCCACGAAGGAGACUUGACCCACUUCAUCACCAAGAACCUGGAGCAGAAGAUCAAGAUGAGCUCCAAGCCCAGUCUGGACUGUAGCGACUCCGACUGUUCGGGUCCCAUCUACCGGAGUCGGGGGUUGUCACGGCGACCAGCCGACAUCCCUCCCAUCGACCCGGCCGUCCUGGUGGACCUCCAGAAAAACACCCAGGAAGUGGCUCAGAGCGUGGAGAUGAUGAUGAGGAGCCUCAACGGAACCAUCCAGAACAUGACGGCUCUGAGCGUCGGCUACAUCCAGACCUACAGAGACUCGGUCGACAGCCUGGGGGAGUCUGUGGACAUGAGCAUCAAGGGCAUGUACACGCUGAUGGCUCGCUGUGAGGAGCUGGAUCGCUCCAUGCAGCCCAUAAACACGCUGGCCGCUCAGAUCCGCGACAUCAAACGCACCCUGGACGCCCUGGAGGCCGUCUGCAAGUAGCGCCGCCCUGCUGCUCGGACCCCGACGUCGCACCCCCCCGAAACGAGGACGUCUGCAGGUAGCAAACACACACUGCAGCAAAGCGAAGGCGGAAGCAAAGAGUCCUGGAAGCGUUGCUGCUCGGCACACGGGCUGGAUGACUGAAGUUCCUCUGUUCACCGUUUUUGAAGACGACCGUGUUUGUGUUGUGAGAUCUCGAAUGAACUGUGCUUCUUCUCUAAUCUCUAAUCAAGUUGUCAUGAAAAAAAAAAAAGUCUCACACGUUAACCCCCCCUGUUUAGUUUUCUUUCCUUGGAGACUCUCGUGCCGUGGACACAAACAGAAGUGAAAGGUAGAGGACGUGGAGGGAGCGCGUCCUAAUCCGUCCGGCCUGCUUGGUUUCAGAUUGCACUAACCUCUCCUCCGCCACACGGGGGCGACGGCGUUUCUUUUCUCCGUCUCCGGAGAGGCGAGAAUAAACUGCUCAGAAAACAGUGACUUUUGCACAGGAACAGAAAGUCUAUUUUUUAAUCUUAUGCAACAAAGGAUCAGAUUCUUUCUCUGCAGGCGUAAUGAGGGGAACGGAGCAUCGUGUCUGUCUGUCUUUUUUAAAUGUUUGUUAUUUAUUUGGGUUUUCCUCAGUGUGCAUGCUCCCUCUCUCUCUCUCUCUCUGUGAGUUUCCGGGUAAUGUUUCACUUUGUCCAUCAAUCUUUGAAUCACAGCUCUGCUUCUCUCACAAUAAUAAUAAUAAUAAUGAUAGUAAUGAUGAUAAUCUAAAGUAGGGCUGGGUACUGAUAUCUGAGAUAUUUCAGUUUAGAAACAAAUAGUUUUGGAGGUUUGUGGCGUCUCCUCCAUCUAGUUUCUCAUCUUUCCUGUGUUUUUUUGCUUUAGUCCAGCUCUUCUCUGUCGUCAUGCUUUUUAAAUGCAACCAUCUCUCAGAGUUUUUCCGCAUCUCCGUCAAACGUCGACUGAUCUCGAUCUCGUGAGAUUUCUCUGCAGUUUUCUGUGGUCGAUCACGGGAUUUUCAUGACUCUCUGUCGGAUAUUUCAUCUCAACAUCGUUUGGAUUCGGAAACUGUUAUUUUGAGUCACAAAACACCACAACCUGACUUACGUCUGCAAAACUGUUCUUGCAAGAUCCCAGGAAGAUUUCUAACGAUAAGAUAAACCCAGCCCUCUCUCUUCUCCGUGUCUUUCAACGCAACUGGAAAAAUAUCUCCUCGAGCCUCCACUGUGGCUUCAAAUCAUCUCCGUGAGUCUGUUGCAUCAGAUUUCAUCACGGGAAUCCUUAACUUUCCUUUACAUCUAACAAAUAAUCAACAGUCUCGCUUCCAGACGACCACAAAGCGCCGGUAUUCUGAUUAAAGCUGAAAACACUGUAAACCCAUUCCCUGCUUCUGAAACUGUGGGCAUGCAAGGGUGCAAUCAUUGUGCUUAUUUUAAAAAAAAAAUGAAAUAAAUCACUUUGAGGACA